GUAGCAAAGUAAAAAAUACUCAAUAGAUGGACGAUGAAUUAAAAGUGGUGAACAAUAAACAGAAGGCUUUUGUUGAGAUCCAACAAAGCAGGUGAUAAGCUGAGGCAGAGGUAUUUCUUAAAAAAAGACUUCACAAUGAAGUUCAGUCGUUUUUGACUAGUUACUCAUAGCUGUCCAUUUUUUUAUUUGUUUCGAUAAGUCACGAAACAAUCACAUCCGUUUGAUUUGGUUUCGUUUUGUGUGCCCGUGCUCGAUUUUCAAGAAUUAGUAAGGAAUAAACUCUAGAGUGAAACGGAACGAUAUACAUAUAUUUCGCAGCCAUUUUGACUAUCGCACCAUGAAUUAAUACACGUUUACAAAAAGAUUACAAUAUGCGUAAAUUACUUAUACUUGCACUGUUGUUAUAUAACAUCAUUGCAAUGGCUACAAGAGCGGGCGGUUACGAUUAUGACGAUAUUGAAGGAAAUAAAAGACACUCUCUCAUUGAUGACCGAAGAAACUGGAGGAAGAAGGCAUUAUUGAAACCCCUGGACGAUCACAAAGACUGGGACCGUAGGAGACACGACUACGACGGUCCCAGAUACAUGGACCAAGACCCCGAUCUCAAGAUAUUUGGCGGAAUAGAUAGGCAAAGAGAUUUAGACAUAUCUGCACCGUACAGAGACAGAGAUAGAGAACGGCAAGGACCACCGAGACAUUACGAAGACGACAAAAUGAACAUGCAACAAGGAAUGAAAAGCGCUGAAAUGGGACACUCGUCCUCCUACAUUGAUAAAGAUCCUACAGAAAAGAAAAUGCCACUAUCUAUGAAUUGCGAAAGACCGCACGAAAGAUACGAGGCGUGCUUCGCGGGCUGCGCGUCGGUGACGUGCGACAACCCGCGGGACCGGCUGCGGCCCUGCUACCCCUUCUGCGAGCCUGGCUGCAUCUGCGUGCAUCCUUACGUACGCGACGACCGCACUCACAAGUGCGUCUUGCCAGAAGAAUGUACCAAGGGCCUCAAAGGAAUACCUGACCUGGGUGACGAUAUAUAAAGCUGUACACAUUCAGCAAAGAGAGGUUAUAUAACACAAUUAUUUGAGGUGUACAUUAGUUAUGUUAUGUGAAUAAAU